AAGAAGAGGAGCAAAAAUGGACGGAGGAGGCUGAGGGUGUGCUUCUGCAAUUUCCGAAACACGGAAGGCUGUGGUGCAUCGGAACUCUCGGCUACCUCCGCUCCUCUCGUUUCUAAAGAUUGAUUGCGAGUUGGCCUAAUCUCGAGAGAUUCUGGCUAUUCCUGAUUACUCGCGUCGCCUUCGUGGAUAAAGAGUCGCGAUUCGAGACCUGUUCUGAUCCUGUACUGACUUUGAUUUUUGACUAAGAAAACGUAAAUGGCAACAAGUGUAGCUUUUGGAAGUGGACUUCUGCAUUUUAAAGAAAAAUUCAACAGUGGGCAGGGAUGCAAACUGGAUUCUUUGAUUCACAAUGUAGCUGUUUCAAAAUGCUUGCAUAAGGAGCUAUCUUGGUCUCAUGGGGUCUCCCAAAUCCUCCGGGUCCAUAGAAGUAAGCAUUUGUAUCCUCAAAUCAAUGAGGAUCGGAAGAAAAGCAAGGCAAAAAUCUCAUCAUGCUUGGGGGAUGAUUAUACAAAAUAUUUUGAUUUUUCUGUUAUUGGAAGUGGAGUGGCUGGCCUUCGUUAUGCCCUUGAGGUUGCAAAACAUGGAACCGUUGCGGUGAUAACCAAGGCUGAGCCCCAUGAUUGCAACACCAACUAUGCUCAGGGUGGUGUGAGUGCGGUGCUGUGCCCAUCAGAUUCAGUGGAGAGUCAUAUGCACGAUACAAUUGUAGCCGGUGCUUAUCUAUGCGAUGAAGAGACUGUUCGAGUAGUUUGUACUGAAGGACCUGAAAGAAUAAAAGAAUUGAUUGCUAUGGGUGCUUCAUUUGAUCAUGGUGAGGAUGGGAAUUUGCACUUGGCUAGGGAAGGGGGUCAUUCCCAUCAUAGAAUUGUACAUGCUGCAGAUAUGACCGGCCGGGAAAUUGAGAGGGCUUUGCUGGAAGCAGUCCGAAAGGACCCAAACAUUUUUGUGUUUGAGCACCAUUUUGCGAUAGAUUUACUAACUUACCAGGAUGGUUCUGACAAUGCAUGCUAUGGUGUUGACUGUUUGAAUAAAGAGACACAAGAGAUGGUGAGGUUCUUCUCAAAGGUAACUUUACUUGCAUCAGGUGGAGCCGGACAUAUCUAUCCAAGUACCACCAAUCCUCCGGUGGCCACUGGAGAUGGAAUUGCUAUGGCGCAUCGAGCUCAAGCCAUUAUUUCAAAUAUGGAGUUUGUACAGUUCCAUCCAACUGCUUUGGCUGAUUCAGGGCUUCCUCUGAAGCCAAAACAGGCUUGGGAAAACGCCUUUCUGAUAACCGAAGCCGUGCGAGGAGAUGGAGGCAUACUCUACAACUUAGGCAGGGAGAGGUUCAUGCCAACGUACGACGAGAGGGCCGAGCUUGCCCCGAGGGAUGUCGUAGCAAGAAGCAUAGACGACCAACUCAAAAAGCGCAAUGAGAAGUACGUGCUUCUCGACAUCAGCCACAAGCCCCGAGAAGAGAUUCUCACACAUUUCCCCAACAUCGCCGCCGAGUGUCUCAACUACGGCCUCGACAUCACCCAGCAGCCGAUCCCGGUAGUCCCUGCAGCUCAUUACAUGUGCGGCGGAGUCCGCGCCGGCCUCCAAGGCGAAACAAACAUCAGAGGCCUCUACGUUGCCGGCGAAGUUGCCUGCACCGGAUUACACGGAGCAAACCGACUCGCCAGCAACUCUCUCCUCGAGGCGCUCGUCUUCGCUCGACGAGCCGUGCAGCCUUCCGUCGACCACAUGCGCACCUCCAAGCUCGACCCCAAAGCUUCCCAGUCGUGGGCGCGGCCUAUUGUCCUCAACUCCCUCGGAAACAUCCCUCUGUACAACAUCAUCUGGAGAACCAAAGAGGUGCGGCGACAGCUGCAGUCGAUCAUGUGGGAGUACGUGGGGAUUGUCCGAUCCACGACUCGGCUGCAGACUGCGGAAAAGAUGAUCGGAGAUCUUGAGCUCGAAUGGGAAGCUCACUUGUUCCAGCAAGGGUGGGAACCGACAAUGGUGACGCUCGAAGCUUGUGAGAUGAGAAACCUCUUCUGCUGCGCCAAAUUGGUCGUCAGCAGCGCUCUCGCCAGGCACGAGAGCCGUGGGCUUCACUACACCAUCGACUUCCCACAUGUCGAAGAAAGCAAGAGGCUCCCGACAAUCAUCCUCCCCAGUUCGCCUGUAAGUAACCGGACAUGGAGCUCGAGGCAGCUCCACAAGCUACAUUCUUGUUAGAAUCCGGCUCGGCUCGAUUCGGCUCCGUUCUUCCUGCCAUAGCUUCUGGCAGGUAAGCUUUAGUAAUGCAUUUUUACUACUGCUGCUUGCAAUUUCUUGGUAGUGUGUUUGUAUGUGUAGGAUUUGUAUGAUAUGAUAUUUUUGGGUCCAAUAAUUCUUUGCUAACUAGGUUGUUGCUCCUUUGCCAUACAAAAUUGCAAUGGAGUUCAAAUUGGUGAUUAUUAUGGGCAUACUUUUGUAUCCUGUUGAGUCAAGUUUAGAGUCACAGGGAAACUUAAAUUUAAAAAAAAUGAUUUUGUUUGU